AUGACUGACCGUGUGUGCUGGAGUGUUUUCCUUGCGAAACAAGGAUCUGUGCUUUUCCCUAACAGGUGGCUGACAUGCAAAUCCCUGCCCCCAGGAAGUUUAGAAAGAAUUGCCGACGCUAUCGCAGACCGACUGCGUGUCCCUUGGUUUACAGGGGCUGUAAAGAUCAAUAUCAGCCUUGUUCCACCUCUUGUUCUGUUACCUGUCUUCCUUCAUGUUGCGGCUCUGCACUUCCUGUUGGCACUUGUCAUCUUGACAUCUCUUCCUAUGGUGGUGCUGUGGUACUACUACCUCACACACAGGAGGAAGGAGCGGACUCUCUUCUUUUUAAGCCUAGGACUGUUUUCCCUGGGCUACAUGUACUGUGUGUUCCUCCAGGAGGUGGUUCCCCGAGGCCAUGUGGGGUAUUCCCAAGUGGUUAUUCUCACCUGUGGGUUAAUUCUUAUGCUCACAGCUCUAUCUCGAGCCAAGAAAGACCCUGGGUACCUUCCUAGCCCAACAAGCAAUGACAAGUCAUCGUGCCAGGUCAUGGAUUUGCCAAGCAAGAAAGUUACAGGGAGCUCUAACGGGCUCCAUGGAGUUAACACAUCAGGAGCUGCCAGUGGCCGUGCUGUGAACGGGGAGGCCAAAGGCUAUUCCAGACUGUCAGCUGAGGAGCCAGAAGGGAUGAAAAAGGACUGGUGCGCUAAAUGUCAGCUGGUCAGACCAGCCCGAGCAGGGCAUUGCCGGCUCUGUGGCAGGUGCGUAAGAAGACUGGACCAUCACUGUGUCUGGAUUAACAGCUGCGUAGGGGAGCAGAACCACCAAGCAUUCAUCCUUGCCCUUUCCCUCUUCAUGCUCACCUCUCUGUAUGGGAUUAUGUUGACCCUGGACACCGUAUGCAGGGGCCGAACUCCAUUCAUGGCAUUGUUCUACUGCCCUGGGGCCUAUUCUGAUUACAGCUCUGCUCUGUCGUUCACCUGUGUGUGGUACUGUGCCAUUGUAACAGCUGGCAUGGGAUACAUCCUCCUUAUCCAGCUGUUGAACAUCAGCUACAAUGUGACUGAGAGGGAAGCUCGUCUGGCUCUGCGUGACAACACUGGGCGCAGGCUCAUGGGUGGGUUAGUAAUAGACACUGGCCAGUAUAACCGGGGCUUCCUGUGCAACUGGGGCCAUUUCUUGAGCCUGGGGUCUCCCCCUCCGCAGCGCUCUGCUGAAGACAUAGUGUGACACCCUUUUUUUUUUUUUUUCUGGAAAUAACAUUGAUUGACUUUCUUUAGCAGGAGAAUGGCCCUUUCUACUAGGACUCCCUCCUCCCCCCUUCCAUUCUAGGUCAGUGUGUGGGCAGCCCAUCCCAUCACUGGCAAUAUCAGAAGCUUUCCUGGGCAGAAUGUUUCUUUGCAUGCUGUCAGCCAGCAAUAAGAUGUAGAAAGCAGUAAGCCAUAUGCACAAACCUGGAGAGAAGGAGCCCCCUGCUUGUUUCCACCACAGGAAACUGCGCAGCACAGCUCAGCAGGAUGAAGAAGGGCACAAGGUUUUGAGAACUGUGUUUUUUGUUAUGCGUGAACUCUGGCAUCAAGAGGAAUCUGCUACUGGACUUCAGAGUAUCCAUGGGUUUCUGCAGAAGUUAAAGAACUUUUGGCUUGUACCUACAUGCAGUAUUGCAGAGAUGUAAGGCGGAUGAUGUGCACUUUAAUACAGAUGACAGA